AUGCCUCGUCGCCCAACCUUCCACCUCAUCCCCUCCUCUCCUCCCGCCCUCUCCCUUCCAUUCCCCCCCUCUCCCUCUUCUCCUCUAUCUCCCUUCAUCUCCCCUCCCACCCAACCUGGUCACCCCGCCGCCUCCCCCUCCUCCUCUCCGCCUACCCCAACCUCACAUCCCUCCUCCUCCCCCUCCCUCCCUCACUCACCUCCCCUUCUCACCUCGCUUCCCUCCUCUCCUCCUCCCUCCCCGCCAUUACAGUCAACCGUUCUGGACCUCUCACCGAGCUUGGAGCGUUUGCUUCGGAAAUGUCCGAACCUCCACUCGCUUAACUUCCAAGCGACACACACUUACCUCUUCCUUUCCCCCUCCCCUUCCCUCCUCCCCCUCCUCUCCACCCUCACCCAACUCUCUGCCCCGCUCUUCCACCUCCCUCCCUCCCUCCUCCUCCACCUCCCCUCCCUCACCUCCCUCUCUCUCACACUCCCUGUCGUCCUCUCUCCCCAUCCACACCCGCAAUACACCACUCUCUCAACAGAUCCCAUUCAACACCCUCCUCGUUCAGCCGGGCAACUGACCAUACCAGCAGCAGCCCUGAGUGUCUCAGCAGCCCUGAGAGUCUCACAAGCCCUGAGCCUCCCAGCAGCCCUGUGCUCGCCCGGUCCCUUCCAGCACCUCUCCUCUCUCACGUGCCUGCGACUGGAUCUGGUCCCAUGCCCCGAGGCAACAGUCAGUGAAGCUCUCACUCGCCUUCAGUCAUCUCCAUCGGACCAGCACCCACCUGUGGAGCAGCAGCAGCAGUACCAUCACCAGAGGCAGCACCAGCAACAGCACCACCAGCUUCUCGUUCUCCCCCCAGACAUCUUCACCGGUUUGCACCUCUCUCUCCGCUCACUGCACCUCUCCUCCCCCCUGCCCAUCGUGCCCCCACCUUCCCUGCACGCCCUCUCGCGCCUCACCUCCCUCUGUCUCCACUCACCAGUGCUCACCGCCAAUCCUCCCCUUGCUGCUGCUGCUGCUGCUGCUGCUGCUGCUGCUGCUGCUACUGGGGGGCGAAAUGGCCUCAUGGAAACGGCACGUUUUGGUAGGAAUGGUACCGGUGCUCGUGCUGGUUCUGGCGCUGCAGUGUCUGUCGGAACCGGCGUUUCGAUUGGUCGUGACGUGGUCAUCGGUGGCCGUCGGAUGAACCACAACCACAUCCCAACUAGUAAUGGUAGUAGUGAUGGUGAUGAUGAUAACGACAAUGAGCGAGACAGCAGUAGUCAUCUCCCUACCUUCCCUACCUUCGCUUCAUCACACCACUCCCUCCACUCCCUCCUCUCCUCCUUCCCCCACCUCACCCACAUUUCUCUCCAUGCCUGCUCCUCCGUUUCCCCCUCUCUCCUCCCCCUCGCCCCCCACCUCACCACCCUUCACCUCCCCCUCGCCUCCUCAGACCCAGAUCAGGUCAUCCCUCACUUAUCCUCGCUAUUGACUCUCUCACUAGGAGCCCUUGCAGUGCUACAGGACCGCUCCCCAUUCCCACCCUCAUUACAGUCCCUCUACGUCUGCUCUACCCCAUUACCGCCUGCAUUAUCUAUCGGGGCGUCUCCCGAGUUCCUGGCAGCCGUUGAUGGCUUUGAUCCUGUGGCUGCGCUGCAGCUGAAAUACACCAGUGCUGAUCAGCCGAAUAACGCCACUGUUAAUCAGCCACAACACACCACCACUGCUGACCAGUCGAUUUUUGAGUCGACUCAAAAGCCACAACACACCACAACUGCUGAUCAGCAGAAAAACACCAGUGGUAGCAGCCGUGAGGAGGGGUCAAAUUUUAAUCCAGCGGCCAGUGGGGACUCAAGGUCAAAGCCUCCUCCUAUCAGCAAAGCAGGAGGUGCCUAUGGGCUUGGUGCGGUGGAAGUGAAUGGAGGCUUAGCCGCAUCUCCCGAGGCAGACAGCUUGGCUGGCGCUCACAAUCUCAUGGCGUCUCUCUCUGAAGCUCUCGCUGCCUGCCUCGCUCGCAUGCUGGCAGCCCACACGGCUGCUGAAACGUUUCUUGUGGACGUGGGAAAAGGCGUCUUUCAGGAUGCUGCUGAUGCAGACUGUGAGGAAGAGAGCUUGAGAGGAUUAGACUGUGAGGAGGAGGAGAUAGAGAGCGUGGAGGCGGUGGAGCGGGCGGUGAGGGGGCGGUUUGGGGGGUUCCUGCGGACGGAUGCAGAGUGUGAGGAGGAGGAGAUAGCAGGUGUCAGCGCAGGAGCAGGAGAAGCUGCAGCUGAUGGGGCAGACGGGACUGGACUCACGGCAGGUGAACAACUGGUUCAUCAACCAGCGCAAGAGGCACUGGACCCAGCACAGCAAGAGGCAGCGCAAGGGCGUGUAAGGUAG